UCUCAGGAAGGCUAUGGAACUAGGUCUCAACCUCCUCUGGCCCCCGGAAAACCUAACCAUGAAGACAUGAACUUAAUCCAACAAGAAAGACCAUCAAGUUUACCAGACCUGUCUGGUUCCAUCGAUGACCUCCCCACGGGAACAGAAGCAACUCUAAGCUCAGCCGUCAGUGCAUCUGGGUCCACGAGCAGCCAAGGGGAGCAGAGCAACCCGGCCCAGUCGCCCUUCUCUCCACACGCGUCCCCCCAUCUCUCCAGCAUCCCGGGGGGGCCAUCACCUUCUCCCGUUGGCUCUCCUGUAGGAAGCAACCAGUCGCGAUCUGGCCCAAUUUCUCCUGCAAGUAUUCCAGGCAGUCAGAUGCCUCCUCAGCCACCUGGGAGCCAGUCAGAAUCCAGUUCCCAUCCUGCCUUGAGCCAGUCACCAAUGCCACAGGAGAGAGGUUUUAUGGCAGGCACACAAAGAAACCCUCAGAUGUCGCAAUAUGGACCUCAACAGACAGGACCAUCCAUGUCUCCUCAUCCUUCUCCUGGGGGCCAGAUGCAUCCCGGAAUCAGUAGCUUUCAGCAGAGUAACUCAAGUGGGACUUACGGUCCACAGAUGAGCCAGUAUGGACCACAAGGUAACUACUCCAGACCCCCAACGUAUAGUGGGGUGCCCAGUGCAAGCUACAGCGGCCCAGGGCCCAGUUUGGGUAUCAGUGCCAACAACCAGAUGCAUGGACAAGGGCCAAGCCAGCCAUGUGGUGCUAUGCCCCUGGGACGAAUGCCAUCAGCUGGGAUGCAGAACAGACCAUUUCCUGGAAAUAUGAGCAGCAUGACCCCCAGUUCUCCUGGCAUGUCUCAGCAGGGAGGGCCAGGAAUGGGGCCGCCAAUGCCAACUGUGAACCGUAAGGCACAGGAGGCAGCUGCAGCAGUGAUGCAGGCUGCUGCAAACUCAGCACAAAGCAGGCAAGGCAGUUUUCCUGGCAUGAACCAGAGUGGACUUAUGGCUUCCAGCUCUCCCUACAGCCAGCCCAUGAACAACAGCUCUGGUCUGAUGAACACACAGGCCCCGCCUUACAGCAUGACACCCGCUAUGGUGAACAGCUCGACAGCAUCUAUGGGUCUUGCAGAUAUGAUGUCUCCUGGUGAGUCAAAACUGCCCAUGCCUCUCAAAGCAGAUGGCAAGGAGGAAGGCACUCCACAGCCCGAGAGCAAGUCAAAGAAGUCCAGCUCAUCCACCACCACUGGGGAGAAGAUCACAAAGGUGUAUGAGCUGGGGAAUGAGCCAGAGAGGAAGCUCUGGGUUGACCGCUACCUAACCUUCAUGGAAGAGAGAGGCUCCCCCGUCUCCAGUCUGCCUGCAGUGGGCAAGAAGCCCUUAGACUUGUUCCGACUCUAUGUCUGCGUCAAAGAGAUCGGAGGUUUGGCACAGGUUAAUAAAAACAAGAAGUGGCGUGAGCUGGCAACCACCCUAAAUGUUGGCACUUCUAGCAGUGCAGCAAGCUCCCUGAAAAAGCAGUAUAUUCAGUACCUUUUUGCCUUUGAGUGCAAGAUCGAACGAGGAGAGGAGCCCCCACCGGAAGUCUUCAGCACUGGGGACACUAAGAAGCAGCCCAAGCUCCAGCCGCCAUCUCCUGCUAACUCAGGAUCCUUGCAAGGUCCCCAGACCCCCCAGUCAACUGGCAGCAAUUCCAUGGCAGAGGUGCCAGGUGACCUGAAGCCACCUACCCCAGCCUCUACCCCACAUGGACAGAUGACCUCAAUACAAGGUGGAAGAAGCAGUACAAUCAGUGUGCAUGAUCCAUUCUCAGACGUGAGUGAUUCAUCGUUCCCAAAACGGAACUCUAUGACUCCGAACGCCCCGUACCAGCAGGGCAUGAGCAUGCCAGAUAUGAUGGGCAGGAUGCCCUAUGAACCCAACAAGGACCCCUUCAGUGGAAUGAGAAAAGUGCCUGGAAGUAGCGAGCCCUUUCUGACGCAAGGACAGAUGCCCAACAGCAGCAUGCAGGACAUGUACAACCAGAGUCCCUCUGGGACAAUGUCCAGUCUGGGCAUGGGGCAGCGGCAGCAGUUUCCCUAUGGAGCUGGUUAUGAUCGAAGGCAUGAACCUUAUGGGCAGCAGUAUCCCGGCCAAGGUCCUCCCUCAGGACAGCCACCGUAUGGAGGACACCAGCCUGGUCUGUAUCCACAGCAGCCGAAUUACAAACGCCAUAUGGAUGGCAUGUAUGGGCCUCCAGCCAAGCGCCACGAGGGGGACAUGUACAGCGUGCAGUAUGGCAGCCAGCAGCAGGACAUGUACAACCAGUACGGGAGCUCGUACUCGGGACCCGACCGGAGGCCCUUGCAGGGCCAGUAUCCGUACCCCUACAGCCGAGAGCGGAUGCAGGGCCCGGGGCAGAUCCAGCCCCACGGAAUCCCCCCGCAGAUGAUGGGUGGCCCGAUGCAGUCGUCCUCCAGCGAAGGGCCUCAGCAGAACAUGUGGGCAGCACGCAACGAUAUGCCUUAUCCCUACCAGAACCGGCAGGGCCCGAGCGGCCCUGCGCAGGCACCUCCAUACCCCGGCAUGAACCGCUCGGAUGAUAUGAUGGUCCCCGACCAGAGGAUCAACCAUGAGAGCCAGUGGCCUUCCCACGUCAGCCCACGUCAGCCUUACAUGUCAUCAUCAGCCUCCAUGCAGCCCAUCACACGCCCGCCUCAGUCCUCCUACCAGACGCCCCCGUCACUGCCAAACCACAUCUCCAGGGCGCCCAGCCCAGCCUCCUUCCAGCGCUCCCUGGAAAACCGCAUGUCGCCGAGCAAGUCUCCCUUCCUGCCCUCCAUGAAGAUGCAGAAGGCCAUGCCCACAGUCCCCACGGCCCCAGUCACCGGGCCGCCCCCCCAGCCCCCACCCAUCAGAAGGGAGAUCACCUUCCCCCCCGGUUCGGUGGAGGCAUCACAGCCGGUCUUGAAACAAAGGCGAAAGAUUACCUCAAAAGACAUCGUUACUCCAGAGGCAUGGCGUGUGAUGAUGUCUCUUAAAUCAGGUCUUUUGGCUGAAAGUACUUGGGCUUUGGACACUAUUAAUAUUCUUCUCUAUGAUGACAGCACUGUUGCUACUUUCAAUCUCUCCCAGUUGUCUGGAUUUCUCGAACUUUUGGUAGAGUACUUUAGGAAAUGCCUGAUUGAUAUUUUUGGAAUUCUUAUGGAAUAUGAAGUGGGAGACCCCAGCCAAAAAGCACUUGACCACAAUGCAGUGAGGAAAGGUGACAGCCAGUCGUUGGCAGACGAUUCUGGGAAAGAGGAAGAAGAUGCUGAGUGUACUGAUGAGGAUGAGGAGGAGCUGGACGGCGAGAAGACCGAAGCCGAUGACAAGAGCAGCAUUGCUGGGAGCACCCCAGACGCCACCGCAGCCCCGAAGGAGAAGCCCAGGCAAGCUAGUAAGUUCGACAGGCUGCCAGUGAAGAUAGUCAAAAAGAACAACCUGUUCGUCGUGGACCGGUCUGACAAGCUGGGGCGUGUGCAGGAGUUCAGCAGCGGCCUCCUGCACUGGCAGCUCGGCGGGGGCGACACCACCGAGCACAUCCAGACGCACUUCGAGAGCAAGAUGGAAAUCCCUCCUCGCAGGCGCCCUCCUCCCCCUGUCAGCUCCACGGGUAGAAAGAAAGAGCAGGAUGGCAAAAGUGAUUCUGAAGAGCAGCAAGAGAAAAGCAUCAUCGCAACCAUUGAUGAUGUCCUGUCUGCUCGGCCAGGGGCGUUGCCUGAAGAUGCAAACCCUGGGCCCCAAACUGAGAGCAGUAAGUUUCCCUUUGGUAUACAGCAAGCCAAAAGUCACCGGAACAUCAAGCUGCUGGAGGAUGAGCCCAGGAGCCGAGACGAGACUCCCCUGUGCACCAUCGCGCACUGGCAGGACUCACUGGCCAAGCGCUGCAUCUGCGUGUCAAACAUCGUCCGCAGCUUGUCUUUCGUGCCUGGCAAUGAUGCCGAAAUGUCCAAACAUCCGGGCUUGGUGCUGAUCUUGGGCAAGCUGAUUCUUCUUCACCACGAGCAUCCAGAGAGAAAGCGAGCACCACAAACCUACGAAAAGGAGGAGGAUGAGGACAAGGGGGUGGCCUGCAGCAAGGACGAGUGGUGGUGGGACUGCCUCGAGGUCUUGCGGGACAACACGCUGGUCACGCUCGCCAACAUCUCUGGGCAGCUGGACUUGUCUGCUUACACAGAGAGCAUCUGCUUGCCAAUUCUGGAUGGCUUGCUGCACUGGAUGGUGUGCCCAUCUGCAGAGGCACAAGACCCCUUUCCAACUGUGGGACCCAACUCAGUCCUGUCGCCUCAGAGACUUGUGCUGGAGACCCUCUGUAAACUCAGUAUCCAGGACAAUAAUGUGGACCUGAUCUUGGCCACUCCUCCAUUUAGUCGUCAGGAGAAAUUCUAUGCUACGUUAGUUAGGUACGUUGGGGAUCGCAAAAACCCAGUCUGUCGAGAAAUGUCCAUGGCGCUUUUAUCGAACCUUGCACAGGGGGACGCGCUAGCAGCAAGGGCAAUAGCUGUGCAGAAAGGAAGCAUUGGAAACUUGAUAAGCUUCCUAGAGGAUGGGGUCACGAUGGCCCAGUACCAGCAGAGCCAGCACAACCUCAUGCACAUGCAGCCCCCACCUCUGGAGCCACCUAGCGUGGACAUGAUGUGCAGGGCGGCCAAGGCUUUGCUGGCCAUGGCCAGAGUGGACGAAAACCGCUCAGAAUUCCUUUUGCACGAGGGUCGGUUGCUGGAUAUCUCGAUAUCAGCUGUCCUGAACUCUCUGGUUGCGUCUGUCAUCUGUGAUGUACUGUUUCAGAUUGGGCAGUUAUGACAUAAGUGAGCGGGCAAGCAUGUGUGAGUGAAGGUCAGAGGGUCACAUAUGACUGGCUGUUUUCUGUUCUUGUUUAUCCAGCGUAGGAAGAAGGAAAAGAACGUCUUUGCUCUUCUGCCCCAUUCACUAUUUACCAAUUGGGAAUUAAAGAAAUAAUUAAUUUGAACAGUUAUAAAAUUAAUAUUUGCUGUCUGUGUGUAUAAGUACAUCCUUUGGGGGUUUUUUGUUAAUUUCUUUUUUUUUUAACCAAAGUUGCUGUCUAGUGCAUUCAAAAGUCACUUUUUGUUUUUCACAGAUUUUCUUUUUAAUGUUCUUUUCCAUGUUGUAUUGCAUUUUUACUGGGAAGCGAAUUGACUGUAAAGAAAAAAGUUGUGGCUAAAGAUGCUAAGAUGGGAAAAUUUCACCACACUGAGGCAAAAAGGUGUAAAA